AAAAAAAAAAAAACACAAGCCACACCAACACAACUCACGUCAGAAAACCUGCGCUUCCACUCUUUGUCUCAUGCCUUCCGCUUUACAUACUCUCAGCUGAAAACUCAAAAGCUUUUUGCCUAUUUCUCUCAGAAUUCUAAUGACAGAUAACAUAGACGAUGACACGAAAACAUCAGUUGAUAAUUCAGUUGAAAAGCUUCCUGAUCAUCUCCUGAUAGAAAUUUUCAUUCGAGUUCCUAUCUCAGAUUGGGCACAAAUAUCUUGUGUGAAAAAGCAAUGGGCUAAUCUGUUUCGUGGAGAAUGCUUGUGGCAAGCUGCUCUAAUCAAGACUUAUCCAUUGGCUGGCCAAGCUAAAAGGUGGCCUGGACCUAUCCCUCGAGGGUUGAGCAGAAGGAGAUUCACAGCUUUAUACAUUAGUAAACACAGCUUUGCUCUUGAUGGUGACAUAGACGAGCUUGUUGGACACACUUAUUUGUUUUUGAAAGAGCAACUUGAACUUGCCUCAAUGGCACCUCUGUCAGCAAUCCUUCAUGGAACCAUAAUUGAUCAAUUUAUUGCUUGUGGGAAAUCAAAUGACAUGGCCCAUGAGCUUGCUUCACAAAUCUGGCUUGCUGUUCUUGACAGUUUGGAUGAAAACGAGAACACAUUUUGCUUGCUUAAAAGUUUUGCACAAGAGGAUGAUGUUUUUCUCCCAUACCCGUACUCAAGAUCAACCAAAGUCCAAUGGAGGGUGUUUGAAAAGCUCUUCACCGAUUUCCGAGACUGCUUUAGUCAUGUAGAUUACUAUGAUGUAUUGGCAUGUGCCAAGAACAAGUUUCAGCUUAUACCAUCUGCUUGGUUAGGUUACUAGCCCACUUCAAGUGCAUAUUCCUGGAUCACGCACAUAAUUGUACAUAUGAAUAUAACUCUUGCUUAUCCCUAUACAAUGAAUGUAUAGAGAAAAGAGAAACUGUAUAUCGGUUGCAGUUGCUACUUUUUUUGGUUAACAGACUCGAAAUGUAUUAAACACAAACAAGUUUAGCCUAUCAAAGGAUAUUAAAUUCUCUAA